AGCGAAGGAGAAAACUAUCGCUAGAGAAACAAAUGGCCAUAGAGGAAGAAGUUCGGGGUCUACUCAAGGAAGGCUUCAUCAGAGAAGUGAGAUACCCCACCUGUCUCUCAAACCCCAUCUUCGUAAAGAAGGACGGAGGUGCUUGGAGAAUGAGUAGCGACUUCACCAGUCUCAACGCAACAUUCCCCAAGGAUGCCUCUCCACUUUCCAGCAUUGAUCAACUCAUUGACGGGACCGCGAAUCACGAAGCACUCAGCUUCCUGGACAUGUUCUCCGAAUACCACCAAAUCCGGAUGGUGGAAAGUGAUCAAGAGCUAACUGCAUGCAUGACCCCCAUGGGAAACUUUUGCUAUGUCGUCAUGCCUUUUGGGCUGAAAAAUGGCGGAACCACUUGUCAAAGGAUAGUUGACACGGUCUUCAAAGAUCAGAUGGGAAGAAAUGUGGAGGCAUACGUGAUGAUGUUCUAGUCAAAAGUAAAACGUUCGAAAAUUUACGGCGGCAGAACUUGCACCUGAAUCCGUUCAAGUGCGUCUUUGGAGCGGAUGCGGGUAAAUUUUUGGGUUUCAUGAUCACCAAAAGGAAAAUCAAGGCAAAACAGAAGCAAAUCGAGGCUUUACUCAGCCUGAAGCCGAGGAGGUCGAUAAAAUAAAUUCAAGCCUUCAACGGAAAAAUGGCCGCACUCGGAAAAUUCAUUCCGCGGUCCGCCGACAAGUGCUCUUCUUUCUUCCAAAUGCUCAAAAAAUCAGCGUCAAGACUAUAGUGGGUCCCCGAGUGUGACAAAGAAUUCACCUUGUUAACACGCCAACUUAGUUCCCCACCAAUUCGGAGCACCCCCUCCAAGGAAAGCGAGUCUAUCUUUAUUUGGCAGUUUCUAAGCCAGCUAUAAGCUCUGUCAUUGUGAGAAGAACAGAGGACGAUUCAGAUAAGCCGGUCUACUAUGUGAGCAAAGCCCUACUCCCGAGAGAAACGAGGUACAUGCCAGUAGAAAAGCGGUUAUGGCCAUAACAUUGGCAUCUAGGAAGUUGAUUCUGUAUUUCUAGGGGCAUCCCAUAACAGUGUUGUCUAAUAUUCCACUCAAAGGAAUUCUGAAGAGCACGGAUGCCUUAGAGAGGCUAACGAAGUGGGCUAUCGAACUCAAUGAGUAUGACAUCGAAUACGCUCCCAAACCCACCAUCAAAGGGUAGGUCCUCGCAGAAUUUAUUGCUGAAGGUUUCUCCCUGGAGGAAGCUCCCGCAGAAGGCAAGAACAAAAUCUGAUGCCUGUUCACGGUGCUGAAGGAAAAAACGUCACGGGCGCGGGCUUUGUGAUUUAAAUGCCAGAGGGCGUGGUCCAUGAAAUCUCACUUCGGUUCAGAGACAUCAAGACCAACAAUGUUGCCAAACACGAGGCUUUAAUCAAUGGACUUCAGAUCCUCGCCAAUCUGGGCGCAACUGAUGUAUACAUCUUCUCAGACUCACUCCUGGUAGUGAAACCAGUACACAAAAAAUUUUCAACAAGGAUGAAAUGCUCACCAUGUUAGCCAACAGAGUUAGAAGUUCCUUGGCACAGCUAAACACCUAGACACUCGAGCAUGUUCGAGUAGAAGACAACCAACAUGCGGACGCGCUCUCGAAGUUGCUAACUGCCAUGUCACCGUCACAAAGGAGGCCACCCUCAAGAAGAAAUGAUGGAAAUUUAUGAAACCGCAGACUGUCGUGUACCCUUUAUCCAAUGCUUGAACGGAACAUCGCUCCCCAUAACCCAAGAAGAAGAGCCGCUCGCUACACCAUGGUGGGGAGACAGCUAUGCAAAAGAUCAUUCUCAGGAGCUUACCUGAAGUGCAUAGGGAAGAGGAAUCACAAUGGACGUUCAAAGAGAUACACAAAGGAACAUGUGAGACCCAUGCGGGACCCAGAUCCCGUGAGCGCACAAUCCUCCUGCAGGGCUACUACUGGCCAACAAUCAAGAAAGACACCUUCGAGGU